AUGUCAGCCACAUCGGACGAGCUGCUUGGCUUCCUGGAGAGCUUCACCGCGCUGCUGAUGCGGGUCCAACCGGACAAAUGGAGCAAGCUUGUGGGCAGCGAGGAGGCCAUGGCUGUGCUGGACGAGUUCUUCAGGCAGCGGGACGUGAUGCAGCUGGUGCUGGGGCUGAACCCCGCCGGGCAGCUCCUGCCAGCCACCGGGUUCCCUCCCACUCUCAGGGGCAAAGGCAUCUACUUUGUGAAGCAGAGGCAGGAGAACAUCACCCGGGAGAACUGCCAGAGUGGGCUGCUGGUGGGAGACAUCAGCCCCUCGCCCGUGCAGCAGCUCAUCACCGUGGUGCAGGAGGUCGUGUGCCCCUUGCUCCUGUCCGAGGAGAAUGUGGAGGGCUGGCCCAGGGUAGUGGUGGAGGACGUCGUGCAACAAACCCAGCAGCUGAAGAAUGAGAUGCUCGUGAUGGGCGGAAAGAUCCAGGGGAAGCCACUGCUCCCACUGCCAGAGGAUGGCUCCAGCACCGUCCAGGACUGGCUGGAUGGGUCUGUGGACGCUUCAGUGCUGCACACCAUUGAGGCUGUGGUCGUUGAGUGGUCCCACCAGAUCAAAGACAUCCUGAGUAAGGACUCGGCACAGCCACUGCUGGCAGGGCUGCACCCCCUGCCCAAGACCGAGUUUGAGUUCUGGCACACCAGGACAGCUGACCUGCAGUGCAUCAAUGACCAGCUCCUCUCACCCCAAGUGAUGGCACUGGCUAAAAUACUGGAAAGGACCAACAGCUUCUACUGGCCAGUGCUCCAGAGCCUGUUCAGGGGUGUCAGUGCUGGGCUGGAGGAAGCCAAAGAUAUCAACCUCCACCUGCAACCACUUCAAGUCCUGCUGGAGGAGAUGGAGCAAGUGGAUUACUUCCAGCUGCAGCCCUACGUGGACAGGUUGCUGUGCACCGUCCGCCUGCUCCGUGCUCACUGCCAGCACUAUCGCUCGCCCGCCCGCGGCAUCGUCAUCCUGCAGGAGAUCUGCAACCUCCUCGUGGAGAUGACUCGAAACUUCCUGAACCCUGAGGAUGUGAUGAAAGGGCUGCAAGGGGAAACUGAGGAGGCCUUAGAGGGAAUCAAGCUGAGCAUUUCCACCAUCGAGAAGCUCUUCCAGUCCUACAGAACUCACUGCUCGCACUCAACACCCACUCUGUUCCCGGAGGAGCCACAGCUCUGGGAGUUCUCUCCUUCCCUCAUCUUCAAAAGGACCGAAUCCUUCUUGCACAGGCUCAAGACCAUUGAGAUGAUUUGUGCUCACCAGGAGCUGUACCACACAGCCAUUGAGCUUCUGAAGCUGGAGAAAGCAGAGCUGGGAGGAUUGAGAGGAAAUAUCCUGGGGAGCCAAGUGUUUCAGAUCUAUGAGGAAGUCUCUGAACUCAUCAAGCCUUUUGCUGAUUGCCAAUAUGAUCCCUUAGAUCCUGCAGAAGAGCAACUGGACCAGGACUUUGCAGAGUUCCAGAAGAAGAUCCAGAUCGUGGACAGGCGGCUGGCCACCAUCAUCCAACGAGGCUUUGAUGAUUGCAACUGCCUGGCAUCUGCUGUGAAGUUGGUGCACAUGUUUGCCUCCCUUCUGGAGCGACCUCUGAUAAAGGCUGAAGUUUCCUCCUCUUACUCAGCCCUGCUGAGGAUGUUUAAGGCCGAGCUGGAGAACGUGAAGCUGCUUUACGACACCCAAAUUGCUUCCCCAUUGCCAGCCAUCAACAAGAACAUGCCACUGGUGGCUGGGCAACUGAAGUGGGCUCUGGAGUUGCAGCAGCGGCUGGAGGGGCUACACAAGGACUUGUUUGCCAUUGACCACCCUGUAAUGGGCACUGCUGAAGCUAAACUGGUGUCUGGGAAGUAUGAAGAAAUGAUAGGACUGCUACAAGGUUACCGUCAGAAGGUCUAUGAGGAGUGGAUGCACGGAGCUGGCCAGAACUGCCACUUCAACCUGGAGCAGCCCUUGAUCCUGAGGGACCCAAACUCUUCCCUCCUCAGCGUGAACUUCAGCGAAGAACUCAUCGCCGUUCUGCGUGAGGUGAAGUACCUGAACUUCCAGCAGCAGAAGGGCAUCCCAGACAGUGCUGAGAGCCUCUUUGCUCGAAAUGAGACUUUCCAGAAGCUGGUGGACAACCUGAAUCUUAUUGUCGGCUGGUACAAUGAGGUGAAGCAGAGUCUUCUGCUAGUGGAGUUGCCCCUCUUGGCAGUAGAGCUGGAGGAUGUGGAUGCGCAGCUGGUCUGUGCGGAGCAAACCCUGUUUUGGAAUCAUGAAGGUGUCAUGGAGUACAUCCAAAUGAUGAGAGAGGUCUUGUGUGACUUGCAGACCAGAGUCCAGAAAGCAAAGUUAAACGUGGAAAGUAUCACCCAGCUGGUGGAGGAGUGCACAGCUACUCCCUUGUAUGAGAGGAAGGACAACAAGGAGACAGCACUCUUGGACCUGGAUGGGAGAGAAAACACCUUCAGCAAGCGCUGUGCAGCCAUGAAGGAUGCUGGCAGGAAGAUCCAGGAGCUGCUGGAGGAGAAUGCAGGUCUGCUCGUGGCUGACAAAUCAUCGCAGAUAUGGUUGGACUACGUGGAACACAUAGACAGGAUUGUCCUGGAUGGGCUCUUCAAAUUUGUCCACAAAUCCCUGCAGCUGCUGCUCAGCAACAUGGCCUCUCACGCUGAUGUGGCUCCGCUGUUCGAGGUGUGCAUGGAGCUGCACGAUGAUGGAGUGCAGUACCAGCCCUCGCUGGAGGAGGUUGAUGAUGACAGCUUCCUGAAGCUGGUGGAGAGCCUACUCAGUGAUAUCUACACUGCCACAUCAUGCAUUCCUCGGCUGCUGCAGGGGAAGCUGAGCUACAAGAUCACCCUAGAGGAGCAGGGAGCUCUCAUCAGCAUGCAGCAGGAGGUGGAGUCACUGGUGGUCCACGCCAUGAUGGAGGGCAAGGAGUACAGUGCUGGCUUUGAGGAGCAACCCCACCUGUGGCUGGAGGAGCCCGAAGAGUUCCUGCAGCACAUCCUCACUUUGAGCAGCGCCCCUGGCCCUGAGGGGCAGAAGCCACUGCCACAGGAGCUCUCAGCUCGUGGGACCCCAUCACUCCAGCUCUUUCAGCAGGAGAUUGAUGCGUGCGAGGAGCUGCGCAAGGAGGUGUCAGGGUUUGCAGACACCAAGGUCUUCGGGGGGUGGCUGCAAAGCGACUGCCGCCCCUUCAAGCAGGCACUGCUGGAUGCCAUCAAGCGACGGGGCCUGGCACUCCGCCAGCACCUCACCAGCCACGUCACCACCAGUCUCCAGGAGCUGGAGAAUUUCAUCCAGGAUGCAAAUGCUGGCCUGAAUAAAUCUCUGGAGGAGGGAGACUAUGAUGGGCUGGUGGAGGUGAUGGGGCACCUGAUGAGGGUCAAGGAGAGGCAGGUGGUGACUGACAACAUGUUCGAGCCCCUGAAGGAGACCAUUGCUCUGCUCAGCACUUAUGGAGAGGAGAUGCCAGAGGAGAUCCAUAUGAAGCUCCAAGACCUCCCGGAGCACUGGGACAGCACCAAGAAGCUUUGCCUGCGAGUCAAGCAAAAUGUUGCACCCCUGCAAGCCCAUGAGGUCAAGAAUAUCUACAGGAGGUGCCAGCAGUUCGAGGUCCGGCAGCAUUCCUUCCGGGAUCAGUUCCGGCAAAAGGCUCCUUUUGGCUACACUGACCCACACCCCUACGAGUCUUUGAACAAGCAACGGAAGGGCAUUGCUGCCAUGCAGAGUGACAUGGCAGAGCUGUCCAAGUCAGCAGGGCUCUUUGAAGUGCUGGUCCCAGAAUACAAACAGCUCAACGCGUGUGCCAAGGAAGCUCGCUUGCUGAAGGAGCUCUGGGACAUGAUUGUGCUGGUUAACACGAGCAUGGAAGACUGGAAGACCACCAGGUGGAAGGAGAUCAAUGUUGAGCAGAUGGACAUCGACUGUAAGAAAUUUGCUAAAGACAUCCGGAGCCUGGAUAAGGAAAUGAGAAGCUGGGAUGCGUUCACAGGGCUGGAAAGCAGCGUGAAGAACAUGAUCACGUCCCUGCGCGCCGUGAACGAGCUGCAGAACCCAGCCAUCAGGGACCGGCACUGGCAGGAGCUCAUGCAGGCAACGCAGGUGAAAUUCACUAUGUCCGAGGACACAACCCUCGGGGAUCUGCUGCAGCUGAACCUGCACAAGUUUGAGGAUGAGGUUCGUGGCAUCGUGGACAAAGCCAUGAAAGAGUCAGGGAUGGAGAAGGUGCUGAGUGCCCUGGACACUACCUGGACAGCGAUGCAGUUCGAGUACGAGCCACAUGCCAGGACUGGCAUCAUGCUGCUCAAAUCAGAUGAAGUACUCAUCGAGACACUGGAGGACAACCAAGUGCAGCUGCAGAACCUGAUGACCUCCAAAUACUUAGCUUUCUUCCUUCAGGAGGUGUCAGGCUGGCAGCAGAAGCUGUCAACCACUGACUCUGUUGUCAGCAUCUGGUUUGAGGUGCAGAGGACAUGGAGUCACCUGGAAAGCAUCUUCAUUGGCUCUGAAGACAUCCGCAAGCAGCUUCCAGAGGACUCAAAGAAUUUUGAUGCUAUCGAUCAGGAUUUCAAAGACUUAAUGGCCGAUGCAGUGCAAACUCCCAACGUGAUCGAAGCCACAAACAAGCCUGGGCUCUAUGACAAGCUGGAAGAGCUGCAGAAGAGAUUGGCACGCUGCGAGAAGGCUCUGGCUGAGUACCUCGAGACCAAGCGACUGGCCUUCCCCAGGUUCUACUUCAUUUCUUCUGCAGACCUGCUCGAUAUUUUAUCCAAUGGGAAUGAGCCAGCUGAGGUGUCUCGUCACCUGACGAAGCUGUUUGACAGCCUGGCUAAGCUGAAGUUCAAGAUGCGUCCAGACAAGAAGCCACUGAAGGUUGCCUUGGGCAUGUUCAGUAGAGAUGAGGAGUAUGUCCCCUUCAACAAAGAUUGUGACUUGUCUGGUCAGGUGGAGGUUUGGCUGAGUCGGGUGCUGGAGAGGAUGCGCUCCACCCUGCGCCACCUGAUCCCUGAAGCCCUGCUCACCUACGAGGAGAAGCCGCGGGAGCAGUGGGUGUUUGACUACCCAGCACAGAUUGCUCUGACAUGCACCCAGAUCUGGUGGACCACAGAAGUUGACAUGGCCUUUUCCAGGCUGGAGGAAGGAUACGAGAAUGCAAUGAAGGAAUACAACAAAAAGCAGAUUGCUCAGCUAAAUGCACUGAUUUCACUGCUCAUUGGAAACCUAACUCCUGGAGACAGGAUGAAGAUCAUGACAAUCUGUACCAUUGAUGUCCAUGCCAGGGAUGUUGUGGCCAAAAUGAUCCAAGUGAAGGUGGAAAAUGCCCAGGAGUUCACCUGGCAGUCGCAGCUCCGGCACCGCUGGGAUGACGGCAGCAAGCACUGCUAUGCCAACAUCUGCGACGCCCAACUCUGCUACUCCUACGAGUACCUGGGCAACACCCCCCGGCUGGUCAUCACCCCCCUGACAGAUCGGUGCUACAUCACCCUGACCCAGUCUCUUCACCUCUACAUGGGAGGGGCCCCUGCCGGCCCAGCAGGCACCGGUAAGACAGAGACCACCAAGGAUCUGGGCCGGGCAGUGGGCAUGAUGGUCUAUGUCUUCAACUGCUCCGAGCAGAUGGACUACAAGUCCUGUGGCAAUAUCUACAAGGGCCUUGCUCAGACUGGUGCCUGGGGAUGUUUUGACGAGUUCAACCGCAUUUUGGUGGAGGUUUUGUCGGUGAUCGCGGUGCAGGUGAAAUGUGUCCUAGAUGCAAUUCGUGCCAAGAAGAAAACAUUCAAUUUCCUUGGAGAGACAAUCUCUCUGAUCCCAUCAGUUGGGCUGUUCAUCACCAUGAACCCUGGCUACGCAGGAAGGACAGAACUGCCUGAAAACUUAAAAGCUCUGUUCAGACCCUGUGCCAUGGUGGUCCCUGAUUUUGAACUAAUCUGUGAAAUCAUGCUGGUUGCAGAAGGUUUUAUUGAUGCCAAGCUUCUAGCAAGGAAGUUCAUUACUCUGUAUACACUCUGCAAGGAGCUCUUGUCUAAACAGGACCACUACGACUGGGGUCUGAGGGCUAUCAAGUCUGUGCUAGUGGUUGCAGGGUCCUUGAAGCGAGGAGACCCUGGCCGUGCCGAGGAUCAAGUCCUGAUGAGAGCUCUACGAGACUUCAACAUCCCCAAGAUUGUGACAGAUGACUUGCCCAUCUUCAUGGGGCUCAUUGGAGACCUCUUCCCAGCUCUGGAUGUCCCCAGGAAGAGAGAUCUUGACUUUGAGAAGGUCAUUAAGCAGUCCAUUCUGGAGCUGAAGCUGCAGGCAGAGGAGAGCUUUGUGCUGAAGGUGGUGCAGCUGGAGGAGCUGCUGCAAGUGAGACACUCAGUCUUCGUUGUCGGCAACGCUGGCUGUGGAAAGUCUCAGGUGCUGAGGUCCCUCAACAAGACGUACAAGAACAUGAAGAGGAAGCCUGUCACUGUAGACCUUGACCCAAAGGCUGUGACCUGCGAUGAGCUGUUUGGAGUUAUUCACCCAUCCACACGAGAGUGGAAGGAUGGUCUGUUUUCUUCAGCCAUGAGGGACCUGGCCAACAUCACACACAAGGGGCCCAAGUGGAUCAUCCUUGAUGGGGAUAUUGACCCCAUGUGGAUUGAAUCUCUGAACACAGUCAUGGAUGACAAUAAGGUUCUCACCCUGGCCAGCAAUGAGCGCAUCCCCCUCAACCCUACCAUGCGGCUCCUCUUCGAGAUCAGCCACCUGCGGACGGCCACGCCGGCAACCGUGUCCCGGGCAGGAAUCCUCUACAUCAACCCCGCAGACCUGGGGUGGAACCCCAUUGUGACCAGCUGGAUAGAGAGCAGGUCGGUGCAGUCUGAGAAGACCCAUUUGACCAUCCUCUUUGACAAAUACCUGCCAGUGUGUCUGGAGAAGCUCAAGUCUGGAUUCAAGAAGAUCACUCCUGUCCCCGAGGUGACAGUGAUACAGACAGUGCUGUAUCUGCUGGAGUGCCUCCUGACGCCACAGACCGUCCCAACGGACUCACCCCGGGAACUCUAUGAGCUCUACUUUGUCUUUGCCUGUGCCUGGGCCUUUGGUGGGGCCAUGUUCCAGGACCAGCUCACGGAUUAUCGCCUGGAGUUCAGCAAGUGGUGGGUGGAAGAGUUCAAAACCAUCAAGUUUCCUUCUCAGGGGACAAUUUUUGACUAUUACAUUGAUCCAAAAACAAAGAAAUUCAUGCCCUGGACUGAAAAAGUGCCAAAAUUCGAGCUCGAUCCUGAAGUCCCUUUACAGGCCUCCGUGGUGCACACGACCGAGACCGUUCGUAUUCGCUACUUCAUGGACCUGCUGAUGGAGAAGCAGAGGCCACUGAUGCUGGUGGGGAAUGCAGGGACAGGAAAGUCAGUUCUGAUGUGGAACAAGCUGGAAGCACUCAGCACGGAGGAGUAUCUCGUGCAGUCUGUGCCCUUCAACUUCUACACCACCUCAGCCAUGCUGCAAGCUGUCCUUGAGAAGCCCCUGGAGAAGAAAUCAGGGAGGAAUUAUGGUCCACCUGGCACCAAGAGGCUUAUCUACUUCAUUGAUGACAUGAAUAUGCCAGAGGUGGACAAGUACGGCACCGUGGCACCGCACACGCUCAUCAGGCAGCACAUGGACCACGGGCACUGGUACGACAGGAACAAGCUGACCCUGAAGGACAUUCACAACUGCCAGUACGUGGCCUGCAUGAACCCAACUGCAGGGUCCUUCACCAUCGACUCCCGGCUGCAGCGGCACUUCUGUGUCUUUGCCAUGAACUUUCCUGGCCAGGAGGCUCUGCUGACCAUCUAUGGCACCAUCCUGGCCCAACACCUGGUCCUGCAGAAGAUGCCACCAGCUGUCCAGAAGAUGCAGCCCCAGCUAGUAGAAGCAGCACUGGCUCUCCAUCAGAAGGUCACCUCCACCUUCUUGCCAACAGCCAUCAAGUUCCACUAUGUCUUCAACCUCCGGGACCUCUCCAACAUAUUCCAGGGCCUGUUGUUCUCCACCCCCGAGUGCCUGAAAGCUCCUGUGGACUUGGUGCGUCUCUGGCUCCAUGAAGCUGAGAGGGUGUACGGGGACAAGCUCAUCGAUGAGGGGGACCAGAAAGGCUUUGGGAAGGUGCUGAUGGACACCUGCAAAAAGACUUUUGGUGAACUCGGUGAAGACCUGAUGUUUGCCAAGCCCAACAUCUACUUUCACUUCACCCAGGGCAUGGGGGAACCCAAGUAUCUGCCAGUACCCAGCUGGCCAGAUCUGAACAAGCUGCUGGUGGAAGCCUUGGACAGCUACAAUGAGGUGAACGCUGCAAUGAGCCUGGUGCUCUUUGAGGAUGCUCUGUCCCAUAUUUGCAGAAUUAGCCGGAUCUUGGAAUCUCCCCGGGGCAAUGCACUGCUGGUGGGGGUAGGAGGCAGCGGGAAGCAGAGCCUGGCACGGCUGGCAGCAUACAUCAGCAACCUGGAUGUGUUUCAGAUUACGCUGAGGAAAGGCUACAGCAUCCCAGACCUGAAGCUGGACCUCGCCUCUCAGUACCUCAAGGCAGCUGUGAAGAACAUGCCCACAGUGUUCCUGAUGACAGACUCCCAGGUGGCUGAAGAAUCAUUCUUGGUCCUAAUCAAUGACUUCUUGGCGUCUGGGGAGGUGCCAGGACUCUUUCAGGACGAUGAGUUGGAAGAUAUCAUGAGUGCCAUGAAGCCCCAGGUGAAGUUCCUUGGAUUGCAGGACACAAGGGAAAACUGCUGGAAGCUGUUCAUAGAAAAAGUCAGGCGUCAGCUAAAGGUCAUCCUCUGCUUCUCCCCUGUGGGCUCAACCCUGCGAGUGCGGGCGAGGAGGUUCCCUGCCGUGGUGAACUGCACAGCCAUCGACUGGUUCCACGAGUGGCCAGAGGAUGCCCUCGUGUCUGUCAGCAGCAGAUUCCUGGAGGAAACAGGGGACAUCGAGCCUGAGGUCAAGGUCUCCAUCAGCCGGUUCAUGUCCUAUGUCCACAUGAGCGUCAAGGAGAUGUCCAAGACCUACCUGGCCGUGGAGAGACGCUAUAAUUACACCACACCAAAGACCUUCUUGGAGCAGAUCAAGCUCUACCAAAACCUGCUGUCAAAGCAGCGAAGUGAGCUCACAGCCAAGAUUGAGAGGCUGGAGAAGGGGCUGACCAAGCUGCAGAGCACAACGUCUCAGGUGGAUGAACUGAAAGCUAAGCUGGCAGUCCAGGAGACAGAGCUGAAGCAGAAGAACGAGGAUGCAGACAAACUGAUCCACGUGGUAGGCAUUGAGACAGAGAAAGUCAGCAAGGAGAAAGCCAUCGCUGAUGAGGAGGAGCUGAAGGUUCAGGCCAUUAACAAGAAUGUGGCUGAGAAGCAGCAAGCCUGUGAGACUGACCUGGCAAAAGCAGAGCCAGCACUUGUAGCUGCCCAGGAAGCUCUCAACACACUCAACAAGAACAACCUGACGGAGCUGAAGUCCUUUGGGACCCCACCUGAAGCAGUGGUGAAUGUGACAGCAGCUGUGAUGAUUCUGACAGCCCCAAAGGGCAAUAUACCAAAAGAUAAGAGCUGGAAGGCAGCAAAAGUCAUGAUGGGAAAAGUAGACACUUUCAUUGACAGCUUAAAGAAGUUUGACAAGGAGCACAUCCCCGAGGCCUGUCUCAAGGCAUUCCAGCCCUACCGGUCAGACCCCAGCUUUGAUCCAGAGUUCAUCAUGUCAAAGUCAACAGCUGCUGCAGGUCUGUGCUCCUGGUGCCUGAACAUCGUUCGCUUCUACGAGGUGUUCUGCGAGGUGGAGCCCAAGAGGAAGGCGCUGGAGGAGGCCAACGCUGAGCUGGCAGAGGCACAAGAAAAACUCAGGCGCAUCAAGGACAAAAUUGCUGAUCUGAACGCCAACUUAGCAGCUCUCACUGCAGAAUUUGAGCAAGCCACAGCUGAAAAAAUCAAAUGUCAGCAGGAAGCUGAUGCGACCAACAGAGUCAUCACACUGGCAAACAGGCUCAUCGGGGGCUUGGCAUCUGAAAACGUCCGCUGGGCUGAGUCAGUGAAGAUGCUGAGGGAGCAGGAGAAGACAGUGUGUGGAGAUGUGCUGCUGGUGUCUGCCUUCGUGUCCUACGUUGGCUACUUCACCAAAAAGUACCGGGCUGAGCUGCUGGACAAGUGCUGGAUCCCCUUCCUCAGCAGGCUGGCAGUGCCCAUACCCAUCACCCCAGAGCUGGACCCCCUCAGCCUCCUCACCGACUCUGCUGACGUGGCUGCCUGGAGCAAUCAGGGGCUGCCCAGCGACCGCACCUCCACCGAGAAUGCCACCAUCCUCUGCCACACCCAGCGGUGGCCCCUGGUCGUGGAUGCCCAGCUCCAGGGUAUCAAGUGGAUCAAGAACAAAUACGGGGAGGAGCUGCAGGCCAUCCGCCUGGGCCAGAAGAACUACCUGGACACCAUCGAGCAGGCGGUUUCCGAGGGACAGACACUGCUGAUUGAGGAUGUUGGUGAGACAGUGGAGCCAGUGCUGGACCACCUGCUUGGCAGGAACACCAUCAAGAAGGGCAGAUACAUUAAGAUAGGAGAUAAAGAAGUGGAAUAUCACCCACGCUUCCGCCUGAUCCUGCACACCAAAUACUCCAACCCACACUACAAGCCAGAGGUGCAGGCUCAGUGCACCCUGAUCAACUUCUUGGUGACCCGGGAGGGGCUGGAGGACCAGCUGCUGGCUGCCGUGGUGGCCAAAGAACGGCCAGACCUGGAAACCCUGAAGGCAAACCUCACCAAGAGCCAGAACGAGUUCAAGAUCAGGCUGAAGGAGCUGGAGGACUCUCUGCUUGCCCGACUGUCUGCUGCCACAGGAGGGUUCCUGGAGGACACGGUGCUGGUGGAGAACCUGGAGACAACGAAGCGCACAGCCAUUGAAAUUGAGGAAAAGGUGAAAGAAGCCAAAGUCACCGAGGAGCAAAUAAAUGUGGCUAGAGAAAACUACAGGCCAGCGGCAGAGCGAGCGUCCCUGCUGUACUUCAUCCUGAGCGACCUCAACAAGAUCAACCCCAUCUACCAGUUCUCUCUCAAGGCCUUCAACGGGGUCUUCGAGAAAGCCAUCCAGCGCACGGCUCCCAGCGAGGACAUCCAGCAGAGGGUCAGCAACCUGACGGAUGAGAUCACCUACUCGGUCUAUGUGUACACUGCUCGGGGUCUCUUUGAGAGAGACAAGCUCAUUUUCCUGGCCCAGGUCACCUUCCAGGUCCUGGCACUCAAGAAAGAACUGAACCCAGUGGAGCUGGACUUCCUUCUGCGCUUCCCUUCCAAGGCUGGCGUCACAUCCCCCGUGGAUUUCCUGCAGCCUCAGGGGUGGGGUGGCAUCAAGGUGCUGUCGGAAAUGGAAGACUUCAGGAACUUGGACAGCGACAUCGAGGGCUCGGCAAAGCGAUGGAAGAAGUUCGUGGAGUCCGAGGUGCCGGAGAAGGAGGUGUUCCCCAAAGAGUGGAAGAACAAGACAGCCCUGCAAAAGCUGUGCAUGCUGCGGUGCAUGCGGCCGGACAGGAUGACCUAUGCCAUCAGGAACUUCGUGGAAGAGAAGAUGGGCAGCAAGUAUGUGGAAGGAAAGAGCGUUGAGCUCUUCAAGGCGUACAAGGAGAGCAGCCUCUCCACACCCCUGUUCUUCAUUCUCUCCCCUGGCGUCGACCCACUGAAAGAUGUGGAGGACCUGGGCCAAAAGCUGAACUUCACCAUUGACAAUGGGAGGAUCCACAACGUCUCACUGGGGCAGGGCCAGGAGGUCGUGGCAGAACGGGCACUGGAGGUGGCAGCUGCACAGGGCCACUGGGUCAUCCUGCAGAACAUCCACCUGGUGGCACGGUGGCUGCCCACGCUGGAGAAGAUAGUGGAGCAGAACAGCACGGGCAGCCACGAGGACUACCGGGUGUUCAUGAGCGCCGAGCCAGCCCCCAGCCCCGAGAGCCACAUCAUCCCCCAGGGCCUGCUGGAAGAUGCCAUCAAAAUCACCAACGAGCCGCCCACGGGCAUGUAUGCCAACCUGCACAAAGCCCUCGACCUCUUCACCCAGGACACGCUAGAGAUGUGCAGCAAAGAAAUCGAGUUCAAAUGCAUCUUGUUUGCCCUCUGCUACUUCCACGCGGUGGUGGCCGAGCGGCGCAAGUUCGGCGCUCAGGGCUGGAACAAGUCCUACCCAUUCAACAACGGUGACCUGACCAUAUCCAUCAACGUCCUCUACAACUACUUGGAGGCUAACCCCAAGGUGCCAUGGGAUGACCUCCGGUACCUCUUUGGCGAAAUCAUGUACGGAGGCCACAUCACAGACGACUGGGACCGGCGCCUGUGCCGGACUUACCUGAGCGAAUACAUCCGUGUGGAGAUGCUGGAUGGAGAAGUCUCCUUGGCUCCAGGGUUUUUGACCCCUCCCAGCUUGGAUUACAAGGGGUACCACGAGUACAUCGAUGACAACCUGCCACCAGAGAGCCCCUACCUCUAUGGCCUUCACCCCAACGCCGAGAUCGGCUUCCUGACCGUCACCUCCGACAGGCUCUUCCGGACAGUGCUGGAAAUGCAGCCCAGAGAAUCAGACGCUGGAGGAGGCUCAGGUGUCUCCAGAGAGGAACAGGUGAAGUCAGUCCUAGAUGACAUUAUGGAGAAGCUGCCAGAGCCAUUCAACAUGGUGGAGAUCAUGGAGAAGGCAGUGGAAAAGACCCCAUAUGUUGUAGUUGCCUUCCAGGAAUGUGAAAGAAUGAACAUUCUGACCCAUGAAAUCAGGCGCUCAUUGAAAGAGCUGGACUUGGGACUAAAGGGAGAGCUGACGAUCACGUCGGAUAUGGAGGAGCUGGCAAAUGCCCUCUUCUACGACAGCGUCCCCGACUCCUGGACGCGCCAUGCGUACCCUUCCCUUCUCAGCCUGGGAGCAUGGUACGCGGACCUGCUCCUUCGCAUCAGGGAACUGGAAGUCUGGACAACAGACUUUGCACUGCCUGCAACAGUGUGGCUGGCAGGGUUCUUCAACCCCCAGUCCUUCCUCACUGCCAUCAUGCAGUCCAUGGCCAGGAAAAACGAGUGGCCACUCGACAAGAUGUGUCUCUCCGUAGAAGUGACCAAGAAAAGCCAGGACGAUGUAAGAGCUCCACCCCGAGAAGGCUCCUAUGUGCACGGAUUAUUCAUGGAAGGCGCGCGAUGGGACGUGCCCUCCGGCACGAUGGCAGACGCCCGGCUGAAGGAGCUGACGCCCUUGAUGCCAGUCAUCUUCAUCAGAGCCAUCCCUGCCGACCGUCUGGACACCAAGAACGUCUAUGAAUGUCCUGUCUAUAAGACACGGAUGCGUGGUCCCACCUAUGUCUGGACCUUCAACCUAAAGACAAAAGAAAAAGCUGCUAAAUGGGUCCUUGCUGGGGUUGCUCUGCUCUUACAGAUCUAAACUUUUGUGACCAUGAAAAACAGAAAAUGCUUUUACUUGCAAAGAAACCUCAAAGUUGUGUCACUUAACCCAAGUUUAAUUGUCCCAGAAUUAUUUUAGCAAAGUAUCAAUAAAAGCA